AAAAUGAAGGGUUACCUUAAAGCCUUAAACUGGAUAUUUAAACUCCAACCCAAGAGCACUACGGUGGGAAAACACAGGGAUUCAGAUCUAUGCCUCCAGAAUGGUGGUGUUGAUGAGCACCAUGCGAUUAUUGAAUGGAAUGAGAUGGAGCACUGCUAUGUUCUUAAUGACCUGAACUCUGCCCAUGGAACUUAUGUCAAUGACUGUUGCAUACACAAUGCAGCAGUGCGUCUUACACCAGGGGAUGAGAUUCACUUUGGUUAUGGAGGCUCAACUUACAAGCUCUUCGUGGAUCCUCCAAACCCACUCCCUGUUAUGCCAAUCCAGUCUGUGGCUUCUCCAGUUGGAGUAAGGAGUCAUGCACUGUCCUCUUCUGUUACUCCUCAUCCUCCUCGCAGGCCUCGUCCUGCAAGUGCAGGAGCUAAACGCAGCAGUUUGGGUAAACAUUUCCCAGAGUACAGUGGCUCCUAUCAUAGACCAGGAAGCUUGGCCAGCAGCAAAGGAAGAGGACUGAUUUUUAGAAAUGUAAGCAUGUCCCAGAGCUCUCAGAGAAUGCAGGACCACUUACAGGGCGAGGAAGAAAGCUGGAUGAGAUGUAGGGAGGAACAGAGUUGUGUGCUUGCAUCACAGAGUGAAGCUCAAAGGAAGGAGUGCAUGAUAUUGGCUCUGAGGGAAGAGGUGUCAGCGCUCCGAUCGCAGGUCUCUCAGAGCAACCAGAAUGACCCAGACAUCAGACACAAGCUGUGUAAACUCACCAGAGACAUCCAGGAAAAAAAAGAAGAGAUCCAACAACUAAAAGAGCAGAUGCUGGAGAUGCAGGCAAAAACUGGUGAGCUAAGUUCUCAGGCUGUAGCAGAGAGAGAUCAGAGGAUCAGCAAUCUCAAAAAACAGAUGGAUAAACUAAAGAGUGAAAACAGCAAGUCAGCAGCAAUGAUCAGCAGCGUACAAAAGGAUUUGUUGGCUCGGGAGAAACAGGCAUUAAAACUGGCUGCUGAAGUUGACAGUCUCAGAAAAGAUGCAAGAUACAAGGAUGCUCAGCUUAGUAACAUGGCUAAUAAGCUGUCAAAGCUGAAAGAGAUUGAGAAUCAUCAAGAGAAGUUUCUUGCCAGGGAAAAGGAGGUAGAAUCUUUCAAAAAGACCGUGGAGCAGAUGGAGAUGACUCUGAGAGAGAAACAGAGAGAGAUGAAGCAGCAAAACACAGAACGAGACUUACUUAAACACAAACUGGACCAGAAGACCCAGGAGCAAAGCUCUCUGCAGUCUGAAAUGAGCAAACUGAAGCUGCUGCAGCAGCAAACACUCCAGAGAGAACAGAAAUCACAAUCAGAACUAAGACACACACAGACAAGGCUUGAGAACAUCUGCAGUCAAAUCAUGAAACGUAUACUUGUCACUUCAGAAACAUUAUCAGAACAAGAGAUAUUGGACCAUUUAUCAACUUUAAGGAAACAGAAGGAAGAGAUUAACUCUAAGGUGCAGGAAUUACAGCAACAACUGCACGAUCAUAAUGAGAACCAAAGGGUGAUGGAAGAAGAUGCUGAGAAACUCAAGGUCAAACUUACUAAAAUUCAGAGUAAUGUACAAAAGGUGUAUUUGGUGGAUUCCAUGCAGAGCCAGAUAUCUGCUCUCCGGGAUGAGAAUGUGUGUCCAGCAGUCAGCUGGGUUCAGACUCACACGCUCUCUAUACUGACCGGUCAUAACACACUGCUACAGGACAUAGCAGACAGACUGCUGGCAAUGGGUGUUGAAGUAUCAGAGAAGACUGGAGGAGUCUCAGGUGCUGUAAAAACCUUGUGCCAGCAGCACCAAGAGAUCCAGUCAAAACUCAAGAGGCUACAGGCAGAGAAGAAGCAGCUUGAAGAGAGGGAGGAUCCAGCUGAUGACACGCAAAUCAAACAGGAGACAAAGGAACAGGUGCAUCAGAAACUUCAGGUGAACUCUAGGUCAUCUAACAUCUGUAGAACGUUUAACCUUCAGGCUGUUUUACGUUUGGAGUUGGAGACUCAGGAGGCGAAAUGGCUCCAAAAAUUAGAGGAAGCAGAGAGAAGAGAAACUGAACUGAGGGAAAAAGUUAGAGAAGUAGAGCUGCAGGAAGAGCAGUGGGGAAUAAAAAUGAAGGAGGAGAAGAAAAGAGAGGAUGAAUGGAAAAGAAGAGUAGAGGAGGCCUUGCAGAGAGGAACAGAGCAUGAAAGAGAAAGAACCAUUGUGGAGAUUGAGGAGUACAGGGAGCAGGUGCGGCAGCAUGCUCACACCAUCGUUGCCUUGGAGAAGCAAAUGAGCUUAGCACUACUGAAAGCAAGAGAGAUGGAGGAAGAGAGAGAUACGUUAACACAGCAGCUUACAGAAGCACUUAACAAGAUAGAGGAUGUCAAACCCAAUGUUUCAUUAGAGCAAACAGAAGAACAGCAGCAACUGAAGCAGACGGUGAAAUCCUUAAGGGCAUCACUUGGAGUGUCCCAACAGGAAGUGGUCAGACAGGGUGAGGUCAUUACUUCUCUUAGUCGUGACCUGUCCCAUGCCCAUGCUCGGCUCUCUGACCUCAAAGGAGAACUGAGUGAAGAGCAGAAAAUGGAGCUGGAGACACACAAAGCUUUAGUAGUGGACCAGAGAAUGCAACUGAGCAUGCUCACACAGAAGUUAACAGUAACCGCUAAGCUGCUUGACCAGAAAGAACAGGAGCUGAAGACACUGAGAGAGAAAUUAAUAGAAACAGAGGCAGAUAUGAGGAGAGAGAGGGAAGAGCAUGCAGACCUUCUUCCUCUAACAAUCUCACACACUAAGGAUGUGGGCAUAAUGGUUAGUCCAAGCCAAUUGUCUAAUCAGGUGUCCAAGUGCAAAAGUUGUCGUCAAGAAGAAAUUAUGCGUCAGGGCAAAGAAACCCUCAACGCAAUGAAAGAGAGGAUCAGUGCGGUUGAGGAGAAAUGGCCCUGCAAGGUAUUGGCCCAGCAGAGGGAGCCAAUGAGACAAGACCAAAAGAAGCUGGUUCAGAUGAAAGCUCAAAGGUUUAAGAGAUCUGCAGCACAAAUAGACUCCUAUAAAUCUGUGAGUGGCUUUGCCUUUCCUGAGGCUCUGAGUGAAGCAGCACUGGAACGCACAGCAAGACUCGACUUGUCUGAUGCUUUGGAGCUAAGUGAGAGGACAUAUGUGGAUCUGGCACGUGCAUUGUGUGAAGCUCUUGAGCUGAGUGAGGUACAGCUUUCAGGAUGUGUCCCUCUGAAACACCUGCCGCCAGAGAAGAGAGAGCACAUGGCCUCACUCAGACAGGAUGACCUGGAGCUGAUACGGAGCCAAAUUGCCUUGCAGAACAGCCAGAGCCAAAACAAAGACCUGCUACUGCAAGAGAGGCAAAGGGAAAUACAAACACUCAGGGACAACCAAGCCUUUGGGCAGCAGCUGCAGACUGAGCUGGAUAAUGCGCGUUCAGAGCUGGCUUCAUUGAAACUGGAGAGCAGUACACUACGCCAGACCCUUGAGGAAACACAGACCAAGCUGCAGCACUGCAAUAACCACAGGAAGAGCACGGAAGGGAGGAGUAAAAGAAUUGGUCAUCAUAACUGUAUACCAGACAAUAAUUUUGGCAAGGUAGCAGUCAUGAAGAAGUCAAGGAAGCAGGAGAGGCGGCGUCAGGCAGAGGGUGAGAAGGAUGCCAUGAUGAACGAACCCAAAGAAGAGGAGAGCUGCAAAAUGGCUGCACAGAUAGCUAGUGUGGCACAGCAACAACAGCUCACUGAGGCUCACUGAGGCUUUAGUCACAGACACAGACUUUAAAUUUAAUGACAUUUUCUAAAGGACAUGCACUUGAAUCUCUGUGAAAUAAAUUGUGCUUGCCAAAACAAAUGGCUGUAAUCACAGUAGCCAAAAACAUUACAAAUAUGAUGGCUGAGCAGUGCGAUCAGCCCAUUACGAAGUUUUCCAAUAACACUGCAUUCCAAGACUCUUCUUUUCAUACCAAAAGCAACAUGCCAACAUUAAUAAUUAUUAUUUAUUAACAAAGAAUUAAUAAUGUAUUAAAUAAAGAAUUACAUACUUUUGUCCUGUUUAUAGUAUUGUGAAACAUCUGCAAAACAAUUUAAUUCCUGUGUAUACUGUAAUCACAAUGAAUAACAGCUAUAACUAAUAGUUUCCUCAUCAGCCUGCCUUUUUUCUCUUUGCUGAAGUUAAAAUAAACAAACUCCAACUUGCUAUGUUACUGAAAACUGUUGUGUCUGGCAACUUUAUUGAACAGCUUUACAUUUGACUCCAUUCAUAAAUGGUAAAUAAAUGCCUCACAGAAACCUUUACACUAUCAGAAACCGUCAUGUUUAUGUUGUCCAUCAAUCAUAUAACUUCAGACUGUAAGUCAUUAUCUUAAUGCAUUGUAAAGUGAACUUUGGCUUAAAGUGAACUAUCUCUUUACUUUGGCUGAUCUGUUUAGUGUGAACACUUAACAGCCAUUACAUUAGAGGCUUUCUCUGUAAAUAUAUCUGCACUGUUUCUCUCAAAGUGACAAGACUGUUACACUUGCAGAUGGAGAGGAGUGUAAAAAUUAUGCAAUGCUAUUUGUUAGC